AUGUUAAAAAUAGAGGAAUAAAACUAUUCAAGACAAUUAAUAAAAUAAGAUAAAGAACUCUCAUAAUUUAUAAAAUAUUUAGAAUUACAAAAUGAAGUAACUGAAAAAAACAAAGAGAAAGAAUUAAAAAUGAAACAGAAAGAAUCAAUCAUACUUGGUUAAAGAGAAGAAAAGAAAUAAGAGCAUGAAUUUUAAAGUAAAUUAAAGUAAUUAGAAUUAUCAACAAUCAAAGAAAAAUAUAAUGAAUCAUAAAUGAUGAAAAAUAAAGUAAAUGAUUAAUUAUUAUUUAGAGUCUUGAACAAAGAUUAAAUAAUUAAGAAUAGAUACAUAAUUAAAUUUUAUAAGCAGCUAAAAUAAAUAGAGAAGAAAAAGCUAAUAUAAGAAAUCUUCAUUUAAGAGAUUCUGUAGAUUAAGCAAUUGCAAAGGCUAAUUAAAUUCAAUAAGAUAAAGUAGAUCAUUUUAAUUAUUCAUAAACACGUAAAGAAUAAUAUUUAUCAUAAUUAUAAAAUGAAAAGAGUUUCAAAUAAUAAGAAAAAUCAAUGAAUUUUUAAAUUAAACAAGAACUUAAUGAUUCAAAUUAUUAAAAAGCUUAAGAUAUUUUAAAUGAAAGAAUUUAUAAGACUUUAAAUAAAUUAAAUUAAAAGGAUUCAUUGUCAUAAUAAAUAUAAAUAGAAAAUGAAAGAAAAUUAAAUACUAAAUUAUUUUCUUAAAAAGCAUCUUUAGAAAAGGGAUUAACAAAUGCAGAUUAUGCAAAAGUUAGAUUUGAAUAGAAUUUAAAUAUGAAAAAAUCUAUGACAGAAUAUAAAAUGAAUAAAUUAGAUUAAAUUAUGUAAAGAAUUAAUAAUUUAUUUUUUUAUUAGAAGAGAGAAGUAAUUGAUAUAAUAAUAAGAAAGAGAAACAAGAGCUAUGGUAGAAUAAAAGAAGAACUAAUUAAAAGAAGAAUUUGA